GGGAAAUUGUACACAAUUUGACUUCAUACAUGGAAGGUGUGCUAGCGCAAUAUUGACGACCAGCGUAUCCAACUACCGGUUCGCAGAUGAUUUUCUACCAUUUCUCCACAUUUACCAAACAUUAUAUUGUAAUAUCAAAUACCUAACAGUUUUUGGCAUUGGAAUAUUCAAAUAGAAUUGUGAUUAGAUACCGGGAAUCACCAAAUUUACCAUUGGAACUGGACAGAUUUAUUUCACGAACGGUCCGAUUGCGGCCAUUUUGUAAUGGAAUUAUUGUGUGUUUUUACUUCCGGAAGAAGAUAGGAAAGAUUGAUUAGAAAUUGGCAGGCACUUCAAGAAUGAAAGACCACUCAAUGACAAAAUCGUUUAUCUCAGACGGACCAAGUAUAGACAGAAUUUUCACGAUGCUCUACGAUCACAGUCACAGAAGAGGAAAAGGAAGACACUGAAAAUCCAAGAUUAUUCAUAAUUCUAAAAGAAAUAUCAUCACAAGAAACAACCUAAGCAGUACAAUUAUCGCUCCCUUGCUUGUUGAGCAAGCAGUCCAAGAUGGCCGAGGUGCCGCCGGGUCUUAUCACCAUGGGGUCGGAGCCCCUCCAGCAGUUCCGCGCCCGCUUCAACUUCGAGGGGAAGAAGGACGACGAGCUGAAUUUCCAGAAGGGUGACAUCAUCACGGUCACGCUGCAGGUUCCGGGAGGAUGGUGGGAGGGGAUGCUAAACGGCAGGUCCGGUUGGUUCCCAAGCAAUUACGUCAGGGAAAUAAAGCCAAAGAAUGAACCAUCAGAGACCAAAAUAGUAAAUGAUGUUACACCAGGAACAGACCAACCUAUAGACAAACUCAAGUACCAUACAGAGGUUAUAGAGUCCCUUUUAGAAACUGAAAAGCAGCUCACAUCAGAAUUACAGACGUUAAUAUCAACAUACCUCAGACCACUGGAAUCCGCAAAUGUCCUCACGUUACAAGAUUGGUCAGCGAUAUGCAGCAAUCUAGACGAUAUCCUCAGCUUCCAAAUAAACCUCACAAGAUCAAUAGAAGAAGCUGGAAGACUAGAAGGAAAGCACAGGCGGAUAGGUGCUUGUUUCAUGAAAGUUUCAACUCAAUAUAGGACCCUGUACUCAACCUACUGUGCAAACCAUCCAAAAGCUGUAGCAGUAUUAACGGAACACAGUGAUGAACUAAGUAGAUUUAUGGAAAGUAAAGGUGCCCCCAGCCCCGGGAUCAUGUUCUUAACGACGGGACUUAGCAGCCCUUUCAGAAAGAUGGAAAAGUACACAGCAGUCCUCAAAGAACUUGAGAGACAUUUACCGGCUGGUCAUCCAGAUAAAAUCGAUAUGUCAACAGCCAUCUCAGUCUAUAAAGAAAUUGCUACAUAUUGCCAAGCAAUGAGGAAACGGAAGGAGAUAGAACUUGAUAUCUUUACUGGUCCUAUCCAAGGCUGGGAAGGAGAAGAAAUUCAUCAUUUGGGUGAGGUGAUAGAAAUGACGCAGGGUGCCGUUUACAUCGAUGGAGCCAAAUGUGAAAGGUUCUUCCUAGUCUUCCAUCAAUGUCUCAUCAUGCUGUCUCCAACACCUGGAAUGAAUGGCUUUAUCUUCUUGGGAAGGUAUCCCAUCACAUCGGUGCGGGUCAACAGGUUACCGGACACGGAGAAGGAGCAGGGAGCCUUUGAGAUGAAUGCACCCGGUCUUGACAAGACCAAGAUCACCUGUCCGUCGGUCCUGGAUCGAGAGCAGCUGUUUGACGCCAUCGAGGUGGCGCCCUCAAGAGUUCCGCAGACGAACUCAACGCCGUCUCCUGCAAUGUCUGGGUCACCCCCUCCUGUGCCUCCUUCACAGACUGCAGGCAAACCAGGGGCACCAACGUCCCUCCCGGACUCCAACCACAUCACGUCCAACAGUCCCAUCCUAGCAAAUUGCCGCGACCUUGCCUCCCCCGUCCCCAUGGCAAUGAGGCACGGCAACGUCAUCACAUGCCUGCGUCCUGCCCCACCCAUCAACCCCAUGACCAUCUGGGCGCGCAAGGAGGGUAGCGGGAAAAGCCCCAAGGGCAAGAGGCGUAUGCUUCAGUCCAGUAAAAAGAAAGGGAAAGGAGACAAGAACCUUGAAUCAGCAAUCAUCCAGAAACUGGACAGUCAAGUUUUAGAGGAGGAUAACAGAAUACUGAAAGUGAUAGAGGCCUACUGCACAAGCGCCGGCUCCCGUAAUGCCAGCAACUCAGUUCCCUUGGAGGCGGCGCCUCACGUGUUUCUGGCCGAGGAUGAGAAGAUAAUAGUGGAAGAGACAAAAGGGACAGAGACGGUAGUAGAAGAAAAAACCCUAGUGGAUACAGUGUACGCCCUCAGAGACCAAGUCAAGGAUCUCAUGGACGAAACAAAACGACUCAAGAGCGAUUUGGACGAUGAACGCAAAGCCCGACGGCGGCUCGAGACGUCCGUCAGGCACUCCAUCGCGAAAUACGACAGAGUGGACGAGACGAACUUAUGACAUGUGCAGUCCAUGACGUGUCUCUAAUCUCCUUCCCUUACGUUGCAUUUCAUCCGUUAUCAUUUUUUCUUUGUGGUUGUGUAAUUACACGUUGGCUUUAAUAUCAUCGCUUGAGGCAUUCAUCAUCAUACACAGAAAUGCGAAAGAAAGCAAAUUUGAGAAGACCCAGAAACAUGCUGCAUGCGACAGUUUAGUGAUCUCAUUCCGCAAUACGCUUCGAUGAUCCUUUCAUCGUUUGAAGACAUCUACAGAAAAGCCCACCUCAAAGUGAGACAAGAAAAAUUUGGAACCUCUUCUGUUUAUUGACACUACAUGGAUCAACCGUUAUGAUUUAUUUUUGAUACUCUUCUCUCAUUCAAAUUUACGCAUCAAAUUGAUUCUUGCGUAGGAACUUUGGAUGACAAUUAUAAACUUUGAUGAGGCAAUCAUACCACAUUUCAUAUGAAGAAAAAGCAUUCUUAAGGCUUGAGUCGGGUAUAGAAACUGUGACAAGAUAUGCAUUUGCAGAAGGGGGAGGGGAAAGGGGUCACUGAACUAUAUUGGUAUGUAGUGUACAUACACUACUAGCUAAAAAAAAUGCAUUAAAAUGGUAGUUUUGCAAUCUAAGAUUUGAUAGUGGUGCAUUUAAGGUGUAAAAGUAACAACAAAAAGUGAGGAAAAUUUGUAUUUUUUUGUCAGCAAUGAAUUGUGAAGAUGUCUCUGGAGUUCUUUUCUUCAUAUCUAGGCGCCCCGCCCCCAUGUCUGUCUGGAUUUUCGUGUAGGCUAUUGAUUGGAUGCACUCGGAAAUGCAUUAAUAUGGCAAUGCUUUCUGUCUUUAACAUUAUCCUAUCUAUCGCAGUCAAGCAGACUUGUAGAAACUAAUCUGAAAGGCAUAGAUUGAGAGAAUAUGAUUCAAAAUAAAAAAGUGCAUGAUAUCAAAUUUCUGAAUAUAUGUCCAGUUUUGAUGUAAGGAAAGUAUGUGAUUUCAUUCUUGAUAGAUGGUAAAAAGGGGGAAGAGGAGAUAGAAAAUAAGAAGAAAAUGGCAAGGGAUGUAAUAAAGUAGAAAAGAAUGUUAUAAUUUACAUAUUGGAAACUUAACAGUUGUUAAAACUUACUCUGAGCCAAAAAGAAUUGAAAUACGACGAAAAAGAUUUUUAUGAAGGUUCUCUCUCUUUUAUGCCAUUUCUUUGGUAUCAUGUGUUCAUUACGAGUCUGCUUUGACAUGCAUCCUACUUUGAUCAUAAUCAAUGUCUAUUAUAUAAUGAUUGAUAACUCGUCUUUCUUGUUAAUAUCCUAUGGUGGCUCAUAAGCUUAAUGAUCCUUGUCUACUGGUACUUUACUAUACUACAGAGCAUCACA